AUGCCUUCGAGCUCUUGGCUCCUCGAGCUUCCCACUGAACUCCUCGUCGAGCAGAUCCUCAGAAGAUUGGACUUCCGGGAUGUUCUACGUUGCUCAUCCUGUUGCAAGCUCUUACACGGGAUCGUCACUACCUCUUCUGCUCUCCAGCUCAAAGCCGAACUUGGUGCCGAUAGCAUCACCGACAACGCCUCGAGGCUCUUCUCCAGCUCGUAUAAUCCGGACCAAGUCCUCCACAUCGGGGAUGCAUGUGUCUAUGCGGAGGACGUGCAGGAUCUUGACCAAUCGCCACACACCUGGACCCAUAUUUCGAAUAGUCCAGAGAGAUGGAUUGACUUCGAAGAUACCAGUCUAUGGGUGUACACUUUCAUGUUUGAUCCCGUCCAGGAUCUUCUUGUCCUUCUUGAACAACAGAGGGAACAUGUUGGCUACGACGCUCCUGAUCCCGCUCCGUUCCUAACGACAGACAAGGAGCUUGCAAUUCAUCUUCAUAGCUUGACUAGUAACACAGGUCACCCAGACGCAUCAUCCUCGACAAUACGCUACCGUGUGACUCACACAACGGAAACAGGCUGGGCUCCUCGGGCGAAAAUUAUCAUCUGCGGCGACAUCGUUGGCCUACCUUUUGGAAGAUACCCCCCUCGACUCAUUGUGUGGAAGUGGAAGUCGGGUGCCAUGAUUGUGAAUUGUGACCUCUUCGAGAAUGCUCCACACGCAUAUUGUUUCCUAUCUCCACGAGUGUUUGUUGCGACGGACCCACCACAGGACGCAUGCGAAGUCUACAUGAAUGUUUAUGUACUUCGGGAUACGGUCGUAGGUGAUACCCCAGGGAACUGCCAUGAUACCGAGGCUGGUGGUCUCACACUCGCGGUACGACUAGAACUACCUGUUCUAAACGACCAUUUCCUUUACUACGACAAAGUCCACUAUCAUUCCACCUUUAUCCCACACAUGCAUCCUGGCCUCUUGAUUGCCACCUUUGACUAUGGUAUGGAUGACGCGUUGGGAUCCUACAGGCUCGUCGCCUGCGCGCGAGACAUCAUACAUUUUGCUGAGAGCUCCACUGGCCUGGGGAUGGAGAUACCGUGGGAGUCUUGGGGACCUGCAUCUACUCGGAUUUUCUUGGAUGUACUAGAGUCUGACCAAGCAUUCUUGUGUCCUCCUACAUGUACCGCAGGCAAUCGAACCGCUUUUCCGCUGGCUUCGGUAGGCCACGGUGAUACAGAUUUGCCACGCAUAGAAGUUUGCGAAUUCGGUUAUCAUCUUCUCCGCACGGCGAUGCCGCCGGAGUUUAACACCUUGAUCCCUGCUCGUGGUGCCCAGCCCUCUAUGUUCGUCGAGUUGAAGACCGCCAGUCAUAUCUUUGAAGCUGGGGAAGACAGCCCAUUCUGGGACGAUAUCGAGACUUGCCUGCCCUAUUACAGUAUAACUUUUCUUGACCUACAGGCCGGGGACCACGCUAUUACACUUGAUGAUCAGCGGCUCGUCUUCCAUAAGGCGAGUUACUUUCCUUCAUCUCGAACUGAUCCGUUUCUAGAUGAUUUCUUCUGA